CUCUGAUUCCAGCAGCUGGAAGGGAGAACAUUCCUCUCUAUCUUCUGGAACUCAGGGUCACCUGGACAACCCACCCUGAGACAAGGGCCAAGAAAUGCAGAAUGAAGAAGGCUACGAGGUGCUGAAUAUCCACACCAAACCGAAGAUAUCUUCCCAGCCCCUUCCAGAUUUCCACCAACCUCCCCCAUGGCAAGGGACCGUUCUGAAAGUGUCUGGUGUGAUGAACAUUAUCCUGCUGGUGACACUGGUGACGCUGAGUGCUUUUGUGUCUCCGAAAGAGACGAGCACUCAGCGACAGUGCCCGGCGGACUGGAAGUCGGACGGAGGAAAAUGCUAUUGGUUUUCCAACGUGACUGAUAAGAAAAGCUGGAACGAGAGCAUAGAAUUCUGUGCAGAAAUGAAGUCCAACCUGACAACGAUUCAAGAGAUGUGUGACUUGGGCUUCAUCUGGUCACAGAUCCCCCUAUCGAAGUAUUACUGGAUCGGGCUGAACAUUCUGCACCCUGGGGGCAACUGGACGUGGCUGGAUGGCUCUGCCCUCAACGUGAGGCUGUUCCAGAUAACACGCUCACCUGGAAAGGACACAUGUGGUGCACUCUCCAGGGAUGGGAUUUAUCCUGAGAACUGUGAGAGUUUAAAUCCCUGGAUCUGCCAGCAGUAGCAAGUCCCCUCAAGCCCCAGCGAGAUUCCCGCUCUCUGACUUUGUGUCUGAGGGAGAUGCACAGGCAGCACCUCAUGUCCUCUUGAGCUCUGAUGUCCCAGAUGCCCUGAGGCAAAGGGAGGUACACAACUACAGCAAAUUUGUUUACUCUCUUGGCAAUUCAAGCCCUCUUCCUAUUCCUCAGAGCUACUUGGAAUUGAUUAAUCUCCAGGGGAAAACCCAGGAUCAUAAAGCCGAUGGGACCGGGCCUCUGCAAUGAACUGUGGUAUCUGUUAAGUGCUUACUAUGUACCAAGCACUAUACUAAGCACUGGGGUGGAUACAGGCAAAUUGGAUUGGGCACAGUCCCUGUCCCACCUGGGGCUCACAGUCUCAAUCUCUGUCUCAACCCCCUGUGGCUUCUCCAACCCUUAGAACUGGCAGAGCCCACUUCACUUCAGUUCAAUAAAUCAAAAAGUACUUAUUGAGAACUUACUAUGAGCAGAGAACUGUACUAAGUGCUUGGAAGCGUACAAUAUAACAGAGUUGACAUAUUCCCUGUGUGUCUUUUAAACCACUUGGGAUGUUUCCUUCUCCUCCCAUCUCAGCCACCAUAUGUCUGUGGCUUCACCCUGCUGGCUUCUUGAAAUCGGUCAGCUGGGACAAAAUCUACCUGCCACUGUGAAUUCUCAAAGAUCAUCGGAUGCUUCCUGGACAUGAGCUGUUUCCAGAUAUCAACUCCUCAUGGGCCUUAUGGAGCUCUUUAUCUCAUCGCUCCUGGAAUUUUCAUUCCUUUUGGAGCUUCUCCUGCUGCAGCUGGUGUUCUCAAAGUUGUGUCCAGUUUCUCUCCUCUGCGCCGGAAAUCAGUGGGCUCCCCCCACAAUCAAUCGAUCAAUCCGUGGUACGUACUGAGCACUUACUAUAUGCAGAGAACUAUACUACGCGCUUGGGAGACUACAACAGAGUUGGUGGACAUGUUCUCUGCCCACAAAGAGUCUGGAAGUGGGGAUAGGCAUUAAAAUAAACAGUCAUUAUGAGUCAAAGAUUUUCUACUCUUUUCUUCUCAUGAGAUUCCCUCUAUGUGACGUAUUUCAACUAGCUUGUCCCACUAAGCACUCAAUAAAUACCACUGAUUGAUUGAUUGCUUUACUAGAUGCCAUAAUUUUGGCUUACUAGCCUAUACUUAUCAGGGCAU